UUGUGCAUUAUACUGUCAAUGUCCCGCCUAAACCUUCCUCAGUAGUGAAAACCCCCAAGUACGCACAACAUAUGAACGCCGCUGAUUGUGUGUGGGAUUUUACACAGUAGUCUAAGUGGCCUAGAUUUUGUCUGUCUGUUGCUUGUGAUGAGAUUACAUUUUCCAUAUCUUUGAGGACGGAAUAGGAUAGAACUCGAGCUGUAGUUUGACUUCCCAUGUAAGUGGAGUUGAGACGUGAUUGUGGGACUGUCCGCUGUCUGUCUGAAGGGUUCCUGUUCCCAUGUCGCCUCUAGGCAGGUCAGUGACUGAUAGGCGUCACCCAGCACCUGGCCCAAUGUAAAGAGCACCAACAGGUGGGACCCGGGAAACGGUGACAACUGCUCUUACUCAAUCAAUAUUUAACAAGCCUCUGAAUCAUUCAGGAUGAUUUGCUUUGUUUUUCUAGUUUCCACAUUAGUCUAUUGUCACCUACUUUGACAUAGGUGAAGGACUGCCAUUUGUAGAAGGCCUCAUGACUGUAUAUUCAUCACUGACUGGCAGCGCUUCCCUAUACAACCAGCCGUUGACUGUGGGCCAUUGCAUUGAAGUGAAAACUGUUUCACGUCUGUUCUCAAAGCUUCAUUGUUACUGUUGAAUCAAGCCAUAAAGGGCAACUCACUCUUUCAUAAAAACUCUUUCAUUCAAAUGUUCUACAUCCCGGGCCAACUGAAUCACAGACGGGGAGACAAAGCUGUUUAAUGCUGUCCAGCAGCAUUUUUAAUCCCAGGUGACAAGGACAGAGACAAGUAGAUUACUUAAUGUAAUGCUGACUGUAGAUGUUCCUGUUUGUCCUCAAGGUUAGCCGAGUAUUAAACCAUAUUUAGAGGCAUUCAGUAAUUUGGUGGCUGGUGAAUGGAAGUUUUCAUGGUUUUAGUAAAAAAAUAAAAAGCUUAGUGAGACAUUAAAAAUAGGUUUCCUCAGCCCAUGUCUGGAAUGUAUUUAACCUUCGACUGUAACACAUGAAUCAUCUUUAAAAGCCGGUGGAAGCCACUCUAGAUGUCUUUCAGAUGUACCAUGUGCUGUUGUAGGAGGAGGAGGACACCCAGGAUGGAGGCAUCCUGCCUGGAACUGGCCCUUGAGGGGGAGCGGCUCUGUAAGAUUGGUGACUACCACGCGGGGGUGUCCUUCUUUGAGGCAGCCAUCCAGGUCGGUACGGAGGACCUGCAGGUUCUGAGUGCCAUCUACAGCCAGCUGGGCAAUGCCUACUUCCACCUGCACGACUAUGCCAAGGCACUGGAGUUUCACCACCACGACCUCACCUUGACCAGGACCGUUGGGGACCAGCUGGGAGAGGCCAAGGCCAGUGGUAACCUAGCCAACACUUUGAAGGUGUUGGGGAGGUUUGAUGAGGCUGUGGUCUGCUGUCAGAGACACUUGGACAUUGCCAUGGACCUGUUUGACAAGGUGGGGCAGGCAAGGGCGCUCUAUAACUUUGGGAAUGUGUAUCAUGCCAAAGGCAAGAGCAUCUGCUGGAGCGGUGCAGAGCCGGGGGAGUUCCCUGACGAGGUCAUGACUGCACUUAGGAAAGCAGCAGAAUACUACCAAGCCAACUUAUCCAUAGUGAAGGAUCUCGGAGACAGGGCUGCCCAGGGCAGAACAUAUGGUAACCUUGGCAACACGCAGUACCUGUUAGGAAACUUUCGGAAUGCAGUAGCGUCACAUGAACAGCGCCUUCAGAUUGCAAAGGAAUUUGGUGACCGCUCAGCAGAGAGAAGGGCCUACUGCAACCUAGGGAAUGCAUUUAUCUUCCUGGGAGAGUUUGAGGUGGCAGCUGAGCAUUACAAGAGGACUCUGCAGCUGGCUAGACAGCUGAAGGACCGGGCGGUGGAAGCUCAGGCCUGCUACAGCCUGGGCAACACCUACACCCUCCUGCAGGACUACGAGCGGGCCAUCGACUACCACCUCAAACACCUCAUCAUCGCACAGGAGCUCAAUGACCGGAUUGGUGAGGGCCGGGCCUGCUGGAGUUUAGGGAACGCUCACACGGCCCUGGGGAACCACGACCAGGCCAUGCACUUCGCUGAGAAACACCUGGAGAUCUCCAAAGAGACUGGUGACCGCAGCGGAGAGCUGACGGCCCGUAUGAACGUGUCGGACCUGCAGAUGGUGCUGGGGCUGAGCUACAGCACCAACACCUCCACCUUCUCCGAGAACCCCAUCAGGGACCUGGACCAGAACCUCCACGGAGCCAGGCCAAGGAUGGGACGAAGACACAGCAUGGAGAACCUGGAGCUCAUGAAGCUCACCCCAGACAAGAUCAAUGGUCAAAAGUGGAGCAGUGACAUCCUGACCAAGCAGUCCAAACCCUCCCUGGCUAAGACCUCCUCCAAGCUUUUCUUUGUCAACCGUCUACGAAGCAAGAAGCACAAGGCAGGAAGCUCCAGUAAAGUCCUACAGGACACCAGUAACACCCUCCAGACCACGGCCCAUGGACCACAGAAGGAGAGAGUGACAGCUGCUGACACCAAGUAUUCAUCCUGUCAGAGAGCCAGUCCAGAUAUGCUCGGUGACGAAGGCUUCUUUGACCUGCUGAGCCGUUUCCAAAGCAACCGGAUGGAUGAUCAGCGCUGUUCCAUACAUGAGAAAACCAGAUCAGUCAGCACCAGCUCAUCUGACGCUCCACCCAGAGCCUUGAGGAAAUCACUGUCCGAGUCGGCAGCAGUAGCUGGCCUGGGGUCUGCCUCUGGUGUCCAGGGUCGCCGGGUAGAGGACGGUGAAGGCCCAGAGGGUAGUUUGCCCGGCCUUCGGCUGAACCAGCACAGAAGCCAAGGUGUCCUCAGCCACCUAAUAGCGAACGUAGACAACGCCGAGCCUGACGACAACUUCUUCGACAUGCUUGUCAAGUGCCAGGGUUCCCGUCUCGACGACCAGCGUUGUGCCCCUCCUCCGGCCCGAGGCCCCACUGUCCCAGACGAGGACUUCUUCAGCCUCAUCAUGAGGUCCCAGGCCAAACGCAUGGACGAGCAGCGGGUCACCCUGCCCUCUACUGCAAGCUCCGCAGCAUGGCCCGACUCCCACUAGGCCUUGCCCAGGGAGAGGGCCCUGACAGUGGGAGGAAAACCUCGAGCACUGGGCAUCUCUGGAGGAAACCAGUGUAUGAGCAUGUGCACUUGUAAAGAUGAAGACAUGGCAAUUAUCAAACUGGGGAAAGGGCGUUUAUAUAGACUACAUUUCACUUGGUCUUUUAAGUCUUUACCAGAGACCACAAUGGUGUGGUCCCAGUUGAAAGCACUAUUAGCAUAUAAUGUUGUACCAUAUAGGGAACAUUUUUGUACAGUGGAAACAUACAAGAAUUCUAAAGGAACCCGCUGAGGGUUCUAGACACUAUCCAGACAACUGUUCUCCAUCUUUCCUAAAGGGAAAGGUUUAAUCUUGUACUCUUUCUAGACCUUAACUGGACGUAUAGUACAUGUAUCUGCACAGAUGAACAUGAACUAACAUUAGACCAGCAUUUUUAUGAAUAAUUCUUAUUUUUGUAUGAUUUUAUAUAUGACAGUUUCACUACUACCCAAGUAUGUAUCUUUAGAUACAUAAGUGAUGAUGGCAGAUGUGUAUUUAUUGUACUUAUUGUAAAGAAAACAAUGUUUUACAAAGCUCUUCCAUACUGCUGUUUUCAGCUCUACUCUUGGCUUGAUGUGGUUGGUUUGAUUUGCACCAGAUGUUUCUGAUGUAGAUUGGACUGUCAGGUACAGCACUGUCUUUCGGAGUUGUUUUUUUUUGUCUGUGUUUGUUAAUGGUCAUGAAGGGAGGGAGGGGAUUCCUCAUUUAGGAGAGAAAUUGUAAAAUAACUGCUUUUUCAGCCUAAACCAUCUGUGAUACAGUUAUCAAUUUACCUGUAGGGGCACUGAUGCUUUUUAAAAAAAAUGAAAUCAGAGGAAUAAAGCCUCAUUGA